CUCCCAUCCUCCUCGUUUCUCAUAAACACCUCCACUCCAUCCUGCACCUCAUCCACUCACUCAACCACUCGCAACAAACAAACUAUCGUAAUAGCUAUAAUGUCGACUCCGAAGAGAAAGCGUGCACAAGCACCGGCAGAGGUGGACGAUGUCGUCCCUCCCGUAACCCUCCUAGUCAACGAAGAUGCCCACUCCGACGGUACUCCCCCAACGAAGAGCAGAAAAAACGAAGAUGGGGAUCGAAUUGCAACGAACAACGCCACGCCCGCCCCCGUCGCCGAGGAAGACGCACCGCUUGGCAAAGGCGCACAGUUAGCCUCCGAUAUGUGUGACUCGUCGAGAGUCGGCAAACUGCCUCCGAACCUGCGCGCUCCACCGACCGACCGACCAAUCAGGAUAUAUUCCGAUGGGAUAUGGGAUCUGUUUCAUUUUGGGCAUGCAAAGGCCUUGGAGCAGGCAAAGAAGAUCUUCCCGAACGUGUAUCUCAUGGUUGGUGUUUGCAACGACAAGCUGACCCACGAGAAGAAAGGCAAAACCGUCAUGACAGACAUCGAGCGUUACGAAUCACUCCGCCACUGCAAAUGGGUCGAUGAGGUCGUCCCAGACGCACCAUGGGCUAUCGACCAAGCAUUCCUCGACAAGCAUAAGAUCGAUUAUGUCGCCCACGACGACAUCCCGUAUAAGAGCGUCGAAAGCGAUGAUGUGUAUGCUUUCGUCAAGCAACAAGGGCGGUUCUUACCAACGGCGAGGACUGAGGGUGUCAGCACGAGCGAUCUCAUUACGCGUAUCGUGAGGGACUAUGACGCAUACGUCAGAAGGAAUCUGGAGCGAGGUGUUAGCCCGAAGGAAUUGAACAUUUCGUUCUUCAAGGAGAAGGAAAUCCGAAUGAAGUCCCGCCUCGGCAACAUCAAGCAAUCACUGCAAAACCGUCUACAACAGGAGGAGACGUCUAUUAAGAAGAACUGGGCCGACACCAAGAGCGACUUACCUCCAUACAUGAAGGCCACGCUGGAUUACUGGGACGACAGGAGCACCGAGCUCGUCAAGGGCUUCACAAGCCUCUUUGGACAGGAGGGAAUAGUGAGUUCUCAGCGUUCUUGAAAUCCCACAACCCAUGCAUCCGUUCCUAAACCCCUCACUCCGCAAUCCCAGCCCCGUCUCUUCUUCGGUCGCAAACGCAAUGGAGGCGACUCCCCGGGCUCACCCAUGUCAGAGCGCCGCUUUCUUGGCUUCUUCCGCUCACGGUCCGCGUCUGUAGACGGUGAAGGGAGCGGAGAAGAGCACAACGACGAUAGUGCCCGCAACAGUGAAGACGGCUCUCGCGAUUCCACACCGGCCCGUGAGACUCCUAGCGAGGAGACGUGGCAGAAAGUAUAGUCCGGUGGGCAUGGCGAUUAUACCAGUGGAUUCGCCUUACUGCAACGCAUCUGUAGAUGUAUGAUCCACGGCAUCAUCAUUGCAUACUCGAUUUCUCGUUCGUUUUGGGUUUCGUUCCACUUUUGGGUGUAUUCACUGGUCCCAACAAUACAUGUCACUUUUUUCACGC